AUGCAGUAAUAUUGGAAAGAAAAGAGUCAAAGCUUAUCAUCUUAAUUCUUAUCUGAUCCUUUUAAUUUUAUGAAUUUAAUUAAUUCUAUUAUCUAAUUUAAAUUUGAUUCUGGCAAAUGGUAACUAAAAUAAGAGAUUUCUUAAAUUCUAAUAAGAUUUAAAACUAGAUUAUAAUUUUGGUUGGAGUAUUUUAAUUAUAACUCUGUCAGUUUGUCAUAUGAGAUCAAAAAUUUACAAAAAGAUAGGAAAAAUAUUCCAAAGCCAUAAGUAGGUGUAUUUUUUAUAGGAAACACUAAAUCUGGAAAAUCAACUCUUAUGAAUACAUUGUAUGAUCCUGAAUCAAUGUUUAUAAAUUUUAAUGUGGAUGCUAUGAACUUCUUCACAAAAAAAUAAGACUUUUAAAUUGGAAAUAAUGUUCUUAGUUGUACUUAUAAAAUUUAAUCUUUUGUUAAAAAUGAAAUAGAGUACAUAGAUUGCCCUGGUUUUUAAGAUAAUUUAAGUGAAUUUAAUCGAUCUUAAUAUUAACUUAACCUUAAAUUGGCUAUGUAAUAAUUUAAAUAGGUGAUUGUUAUAUUUGUACUUGAUAGUUAAUGUUGUAGCAUUGAAAAUAUUAAAUAAACUUUUUCUAAUUUAUAGUUUAUUCUAAAAAAUAAGGAUAUUUUAAAGAAAGAUCAAAUCCACAAAUUAUGGACAUUGUUAGUACUAACCAAAACAGAAUAGUAAAAAAGAAAAAUGUUAAUUAAAAAUUGGAAUAAAUUAUUUGAAGGAUCUUUAGAUCUGAAUCAUAAAUAUUUUUUAGAAAUGUUAAAAGAUGAAAAUUAAUGUUUAGAAUUUAAGAGCGCAAAUAAACUUUAGGAUGAAAAGUGCAAAGAGUAUCUUAUAAAUUUUGCAUAAUCUAUUGAAGACAAAAUUGCAUAAUUAGUCAUUAAUCAAAAGCAUAAAAAGCUUAAUAUUGAAUUUUCUUUAAAUGAAAAGGAUCCAUUAUUUUUGAGAUACAUCAAGUUUAUUUCUGUUGUAAUGCUUUAAUUUAAGGGUUAUUUAAGAUAAUUAAAUAAAGAAGUCUAAUUUUUAUUAAAUUAUGGAGGGUAUAUAAAUUAGAAAUUAAAUGCAUUAUAAGCUCUUUUAUAAAUUUUAGAUCAAGAUGAAUUUCAAAUUAAUUAACUUAAAAAUUUGAGUAAAAAAUUAGGAUAAUGGUGUGAGAGAUUUAUAAAUAGUCCAUCCUUACAAGAGCUUCAUCAAGAAGUUUCAAUGAAUAUUGACUCAGCUUUAUAUUUUUUAGAAAAAUUGUUAUAAAACUAGAUAACAAAAAAGGAAAGUGUAAAUUUUGGAAAGUAUAGAUUAUACAUAUAAGAAUAAAUAGAAUUAGUAUAGCAAGCAAUCAAUCAUGAGACAAGUAGAAAUAAAUUACAAACAAUCUUAAAUAUUUCUAGUUUAGGGAUAGGAGCCAUUUUUGGAGGAUUUUUAGAGGUUAAAUCUUCAAAUGAGUAUUUUAAAGAAUUUAGAAAUACAGCUAAAAAGGAAGAAAAUUAUUUUGAGUGA